UGAGGCCAGGGAGUCGGGCAGGGGACAAGGGACAGAGAGAGUCAGGGAGGAGCGAGACUGGCCGACCUGACGCCAGGGAGACGAGACAUGGAGCCAGGGCUGUGUUGCAGGGCUUACCUACUGGCUGGCAGGCUUUGGACCGCCAUCAGCAAGGCGCUGUUUGCCGAGUUCCUGGCCACAGGGCUGUACGUGUUCUUUGGUGUGGGCUCCGUCCUGCCCUGGCCUGUGGCCCUUCCCUCUGUACUCCAGAUCGCCAUCACCUUCAACCUGGCCACGGCCACAGCUGUGCAGGUCUCCUGGAAGACCAGCGGGGCCCACGCCAACCCCGCUGUGACACUGGCUUACCUCGUGGGCUCUCACAUCUCUCUGCCUCGGGCUAUGGCCUAUAUAGCCGCCCAGCUGGCGGGGGCCACCGUUGGGGCCGCUCUUCUUUACGGGGUAACUCCAGGAGGUGUCCGAGAGACCCUUGGAGUGAACGUGGUUCACAACAGCACGUCAACCGGCCAGGCGGUGGCCGUGGAGUUGAUUCUGACGCUGCAGCUGGUGCUCUGUGUCUUUGCUUCCACGGACAGUCGGCAGACCUUGGGCUCCCCAGCGGCCAUGAUCGGGACCUCUGUGGCACUGGGCCACCUCAUUGGGAUCUACUUCACUGGCUGUUCCAUGAACCCAGCUCGCUCCUUCGGUCCCGCCGUCAUUGUUGGGAAGUUCGCGGUCCACUGGAUCUUCUGGGUGGGACCCCUCACAGGGGCUGUCCUGGCUUCGCUGAUCUACAACUUUAUCCUGUUCCCUGACACCAAGACGGUAGCCCAGCGCCUGGCCAUCCUCGUGGGCACCACCAAGGUGGAGAAAGUGGUGGAUGUGGAACCCCAGAAGAAAGAAUCCCAAACGAACUCAGAGGACACAGAAGUGAGCGUGUGAAGUGAGCGUGUGACCCUGCACAGCCCCUGGUCCCUCGGGCGCCCAGGGCAGCUUGCCUUGUAUGACCUGGUUUGAGGUGUCCCUGGUGUUGGGGGGAACCAGGAGGCUUGGCCACUUGUUAGAACAGUAGGUAUCAAUCUCUGUCCCUGACUAAUCUGUUGUUUCUUCUCCUCUCCUGUUUUUCUCUCCUGAUCCGUCAUCACCCAGGCCGACCUCACAUUCACAGUCUUCCUGCUUUGGCCUAUGAUGUAGCUGGGACUUAGGCACAGCACUGUGACUGACUUCUACAUUAAUAGACAGAAAGAAUCCGGAAGUAAAUCCACCCAGUUAGUUCUCCAAGGCCUUCCUUGCUUUUGCUUUUUCUUUCUUUCGGUGUUUAAAUCUUUCCAUGCAAAGUAAUGUGUUUCAUUGCGUCCUUUUCAUUCAUAUUUUGCUUUUGUUGACCUCUUCCUGGAUCCCCUCUUGGACACUACACU